AUGGAAGGGGCAGCAGAGCCUCAGGCCGUUGCUCGCUUGAUUGCUUCCUCCAGUAGUUCCAGCUCAAGUGCUGCCGUGGAAGCAGCAGACUCUCUGGAUGACAGCUCUUCAGUGUCAGGCAGUGAAACGGAGUUUCCUGACCUGUUCCCAGAAGAUGUGCCUUCCAGUGAAGAUGAAGGAUGUGACCGCUUUGCAGAUUUGGUGACAGCCAAGCCGGACCAUUCUUAUCGAGGGCACACAGUGCACUUCUGGACCCUUCCAUAUAGCGCACGAGAAGACAGAAAAACGGCAGAGAACUCCAGUCCCAAGCAAAUAAUGCGAGUAUAUAAGCAGGUUUAUGGGACCUGUUUGGAGUAUUAUGCAAUCUUCAAGGAAUACCAUGCUGCGAGCAGCAAAGAGUGGGAGCGGAAGCCUCAUUUUCACAUUUGUCUGAAGCUGAACAGGCGGGUGAAAUGGAUCAGAAUCGCUCAAGCUUUGCGGAGAAAUUCGAUCUACGCACAUUUGUCUUUACCGACCCGAUUCUUGUGCUUCUGGCGCGUGAUCGCGUAUUGCUACGUGCCUAGCUGCCGGAAGCCUUUGUCGGAAUUGGACCCUGACCCUCUCUUCAGUUCGAAAUUUCCCAUUGACCAGCUGGAGAAGAAAUGUAAAGGCAAGUCGAAAUCACACUUGCGUCCUUGGGACUUUUACCAAAUCAUCCGCAAGAUUCCCGCCAUCCAGACUUAUGCUGAUUGCGUCACUUGGGCACAGGAGCAGCAGCGCAAGGGCGCUCCACAAUACAUGGAGUUUAUGGCCCGCCAAGGGUCGAAGAUGGGACCUUUGUUCACAUCCUGGCGACAGCUGAUGGUUGGGAGAUGCACACUGAAGUCUUUGCGUGAGGAUCGAUUAGCCAUGUGGAAUGAAGCAUUGGCUUCGCCCUGUGUUUGUCCUACGCCAGAUCGACUUCAAAACGGUUUGGAUGAUUUGCUGUCAUUCCAUGAGAAGGAUGGAGAGCGCUUUUCUUUUUUGGUGCAGCGGAUGAUUCGGAUUGGCACGGCUCUCAAGAGUGGCAAUUUAUUGGUAUAUGGUGCGUCCAACGCGGGCAAAACCUGCUUAACCCGGCCCUUGUUGUCUAUCUUCAAGCACAAGGCUUUUGUGCGUCCUAAUCGGAACGACACUUUCCCGCUGCAAGGGUUGGAGAACUAUUUGGUGGCUUGUUGGCAGGAUUGGAGGCACACCCUGUCCCCGAUAGGGUGGGACACGAUCCUGCUUCUUCUGGAAGGAGAAAGUGUGCAGGCCGCAGUGAAAGGAGGAGCCUCAGUCACAGUUGAGACCCCGCCACCUUUCAUCAUAACUGCCCAGGAAAAAAUCAUUCCUUUGUCGUCGAAAGGAGUUCCAGACCAAGCAGAAGCUGAGGCCUUUCAGAACCGAUUUUGCCUUCGAUGGCACUUGCGGAAGGCGCUGCCAAAGAGCCAGCAGGAUCCUCAGAUGAAACUUGCAAUGAGAUGCGGGAGCUGCUAUUCGAAGUGGAUUGAUCGAAAUGCGGCAGCUUACAAACUCAGAGCUCCGGAUAUGGAAGAGCAGGUCAUUGAGAUGGAACGAGCUAUCCAGGGUGAGCCGGCACAGCUUGAGCAACCUGCCAGGCUGCCCAUUGAGGUCAGUGCUGCGGAGGCACCAGUGCUUGCUGACCACCCUGCUUCUUCGUCAGACAGAAAUUCUGCGCUCCCAUUUUCUUUCGAGCCAGACCAUGUGACAGCAGUGGACAUGGCAGCGUCCAUGAUUGGCGAGGAGGUCGAUUCUUCAGUUGCAGCAAAUCUGGAAUGCCCUUUGACCCCGAGUCGAAACAUGGAUGUUCAGAAAGUUGAGCCUUGGACCCCAGAUGGAUCGCCGCCUGUGGUCACUCAAGCCAACCUUGGACCUGGUUGGUCAGAAGUGACACCUCUUUUCAAGAGACGCCGUCAAUAG